AUGGCCCAAGAGACAAACCAGAGCCCGGUACCCAUGCUGUGUGCCACUGGCUGCGGUUUCUACGGCAACCCCAGGACAAACGGCAUGUGCUCUGUGUGCUACAAGGAGCACCUGACGAGACAGCAGAACAGCGGGCGAGUGAGCCCCAUCAGCCCCAUGGGUGCUGGCAGUGCCUCCAGUACCCCGGCCUCUGAAGCUGCAGAGAUCCAGAGAAUAGAAGCCAGUCUGAGCAACCCCGACACCUCCCCAGUUAGCACGCCCGACACAGCCAGAAGUAUGCCAGCCGCAUCGCUGCCAGUAACGCAACAGAUGACCGAAAUGAGCAUCUCCCGGGAGGACAAAGUCACAUCGCCGAAAUCGGAGCCGACGGAGCCAGUUGUCACCCAGCCCACAGCCUCCACCUCCCGCCCUAGCGACCCCAGCAGUGAUGACUCCAAGCCCCCAGAGGCACCCAAAGCCAAGAAGAACAGGUGCUUCAUGUGCCGGAAGAAGGUCGGCCUGACAGGAUUCGACUGUCGCUGUGGUAACUUAUUCUGCGGACUCCACCGGUACUCGGACAAGCACAACUGCCCGUAUGACUACAAAGCCGAGGCCGCCGCCAAGAUCAGGAAAGAGAACCCUGUCGUUGUCGCCGACAAAAUCCAGAGAAUAUAAAGGACUCUUGUGCGUGACCUUCGACCUGGGCUAAAAAGGACUUGUUUUUUUAUUACAAUCUUGAAAAUCCUAUCCAGAGCUGAUGCAUGAACGAUCAUUUUUUUCUCUUUUUUUGUUUUUCCCUUUCUGUGGUGUGUGUUUUAUUUAAAUAAUAAUAGUACUAGCAUUUUUUAAAAUACAGACCUGGGCAUCUUUUCAGGAAAUCUCAAAGUCCUUCCCACAUUUUUUCUGUUACCUUUGCUCGCUCACUUGAUUGGUUAAUAUUUGUGCCAAAAAGAGAGAAAUCAAGGCAUGCUUUUUUUCCCUUUUUUGUUUUUCUUUUUUAGGAGAAUUUUGUGGAAGUGGACAGUUCAAAUCAAAUAGUUAUUUCCUAUUUAUGCUUUGAUUCCGUUAAAAAAUAUCCCCAAAAAGGCAGGCAAUAAGGUGACACUGCUAGCCUGAGAGAUUUGAGACAAAGGCUGUAGGUGUGAUCGGUGGACCGAUUUCUUUAGCCUGACAUGGCUGUGAUGUCUUGUAGCAUGACUGAACAUCUAUGUAAGGUUUGUCUGGGUUUAAAAGAGAGAGAGAGAGAAAAAUAUCCAAGCAACCUUGAAGUGAGGGCCAAGCACCAUAAGGUCACCGUAUGUGACUUAGGGCCACCAUUUAUGGGUCACACACAACAGCCUGUAUGUCUGCACAGUGUAUAUAAAUUUCAUGGAAUAUUGAAAUGUUCUGAAUAAAGUUUUACAAAAAAGUCAAGUCUACAAAAUCCAUUAUUGCAGUGAUGCUGUAGGCACAGAAUUGGUUGCGAGCACACAUCCCAUAUUCCCUUGUAAUCCUGGCAAAUCGAACAAACAUCUGGGUUUUAUGGCCCCUGGCAGAAGAAGGAGAAAGGAAAGUAAACACGAAUCGCAUGCCCACUCACCAGCGGUGCUCGGCGCCCUUAUAAGGUCUGUGCGCAGUAUUUUAUACGUAUUCUCUGGCUGGAUCGAGCCUUUCCAGAGUCAUCACGUGCAGGUGUCUUGAGCUGCACAAAUGCAAAUGUGAACCUUUGAACCUCGACGUCUCUGUUCUCGGUCUUAGACGUUACAGAUGUGAACCAUUACAAAUUAAACAUGUCAGCGAUAAUCUCUUUAGUUUUGCGCAUGUUUUUUUCACUUCUCUGCCUAUCCUACCUGAGACGUCAGAACGCUUUACUGAUGGGUUGAACUGAAUGGCCCGUUAAAAUGAGUCAGCCGCAUUAAGUCUGUGACAGGCUGUUCACUGGAUCUUACCGACGUUUCAUUUCGUCAUUUUCAGCUUGUGCUGCAGUCUGUUUUACUUUGGUUUUGAGAAAAGGAAAAAAAUAAUUUGUGCCAUAUGUGUUUUUAGCUUGUUUGUUUCUAUGUUUUGAUUGUAUCCAGAAUAUUUCUUGCCGGUUAAGGAUGUCUGAGGAUAUAUGUUUUUUUAAAAAAUGUGACUUUAAAGUUUGGUUGUUGCUGUUAAUUUCUCUCCAUGGUUUUGGUCCCCCUAUUUUGUCCUCCAUGCUAUGGGGAAACUUGGCUCAGUGAAGCCGGCCGCCCGCAAUUGGCUGUUGGUGGGUUGCAUCAUGGUGGUUUGAGGCCUGAAAUAAUGCCCAUUUCGCCUGCCCUGUCCCUGUUCUUUUUUGUUUUGUAUUUUUUUUUUUUUGUUAAUUUUUGGGUGUAGGAGUGUAGUAUUAUUGGGUGUAUUGCAUGGGUUGCGUGUCUACGACAAUGUAAAAUAUCUGAAAUAGUAGGAAUUGGCAAUAUACUUCACUAAUGCUUGGUCAAUAUUUUCACCUCUACUGUUUUUUUUUUUUCUUGGGUAAUGUCUAGAGUUUGCUGAUAUUUCCGUAUUAUGUAUUCUGUGUAUGUGUACGGAAUGGUUGUGUGAGACGCGCUGCAUAAAGUCGAACCUCUAUGUACAUUCAGGGGUCCACUGAACCCUCCUUCCCGCUGGCCCAGCUCUGUGUUUGACCAUGUCAUAUGCUUUCAUUUGGCAGAA